CUUGUCAUGUGGCUGUGACGUCACCAAGGUCCUUUCGCCCUCUCGGAAGUACUCUCUAUCCCAGCAAGGAAAAUGUUGGGGUUGAGGUUGUCUGUGUUGUCUCGGGUUCUCCGGGAACAGGUAGCACGCGGCCCGGGGAUGUGUGUGCGCUGCAGGCGGCUCCUAGACCGAGGAAGCACACAAAGAUGGUCAUCCUCUGCAAAACCGAAGAAUGAGAUCACAAUCAGUGAUCGGGGUAGAACCGAACUACUUGAAGUUCUGGAGAUUCGAGCACAGCAACUGCAAGUAGAUAAGGGCUCGCCUAUGCUCAAAACUGGGAAUAAGAAACAAACUGCUCGGAAAGAGGAAAAAGAGCAGACCAAACAAAACCUAAAAGCUGUCCAUUCUUCUAAACGCCAGAUGGAAAAGUUAAAAAAUGAGAAGUGUAAGCAGAAAAAUGAAAAUAUAUUGCAGACUAAGACACUUCCUGUAAGGACAGAGCAAUGCCAACCACAGAAGGACAUAAAUGUAAAAAAGGUUCAGAAAAAGACAGCACCCCAACCCAAAGAUGAUGAUCAUUCUUUAAAAUCUGUUAAACCAACUGCCAUGGCUGUUCGAGAUCUAGAUCUGGAUGAAGUUAGCUGUGAGGACUCAAGGUUGACUGGCAAUGGAAGGGAAGUUUCGGAGGAUAAGGAUGGAAACCGAUUUGGGGAUAUACAACAGAACAUGCACUGCUACUUGGAAACAUGUAUUUUUUUGGGAGAUAUGAACAAGGCCCAACAGUGCUUAAACUACUAUCUACAGCACCCAGUAAGGAAGACGCAGCUUAACGUAGCUAUGUUCAACUUGCUUUUGAAAGAAUGGGCAAAAAAGGCCUCAUUGCCUGAAAUUGGUCAUACUUUCACACUGAUGGAUAAGGCUGGGUUAAAACCAAAUCUUGGAUCAUAUGCUGCAGCAUUUGAGGCUUUUGGUCGCAUUGAAGGCAACGCAAUAAACAUUAAAAGUUGCUUGCGUCAGAUGGAGAAGGAUGGACUGUCAGUUGACCUACUCUUUCAGGGCUUGACAUAUCGUGAUGAUGAAAGGCAAAUGGUGCUCAAGGCCAUCCGCCAGGUCAGGCCAGCCUUCACACCUCCUCCUAGAAUUGAAGUUGUUUUAGACUCUCCACUGGUUAAGAAUUUCUACAAGCAUUCUCCUCCCUGUUAUCCUAAAAUGGACUUUACAGUGACUGACUUACAGGAACGGUUUGAAGAGCAACUGAAAAUUGAGAGUUGUGAUACUGUGACUAUUAACUCGGUGGAGGCUAUUAAACCAGUUACUGAUAAAAAGAUGAAAGCAAGAGCCGUGUUGGCUAGUCUCCGCUCAGUCUGGGGUAAAACGCUGCUCCAUUCACUGCAAGACUCAAAAAGCCAACUAGCGGAGAUCAGCAAGAGGACUCGCAGAAUCAAUAUAUAUCCCUACCUGUGUCUGUUGGAGGAUGAGCAAUAUGUGGAGAUUAUGCUACAAGCAUUGACCAGGCUGCAACCAACAGGAGAAUCAUUCCUUACCAUUUCUCGAGACCUUGGCACAAAAAUCUACAAUAUGUUCUUCAUUCGCAGACAGUUGCAGGGCGAUCAUGUGGAUAGGAUCCGGUUAUUGUACAAGGAAUAUUGCAAGUUGCUGUCCAAGGAAGGAAAGAUUUCUGGCCUUCUUCCUCGAGAAUUGUGGGAAAAGGUGGAACAUGAAGCUUUUGGAGGCCCAUGUGAUUCAAGAUCUCACUCUCCUUGGCCACGCUCCCUGCUGGUGCAAUUGGGCACUCACCUAGUAGAUUUAAUGGUUAAGACAAUAAAAAUAACAAAUAACUUGUUAAGUCCUCGCAGUGAUCCUAAACUCAUUCCGGUGCUUUACCACAUGUAUUCCUUUCGUAGCACACACCAGAUUGGGCUUAUAAAGCCACACCCAAUUUACAGCCAAAUCCUUCUGGACGCUGAAGAAACUCUUCUGACUUUUGAUGCUGCUGUUAUGCCAACGAAGUGUCCCCCAUUGCCUUGGACCUCUCUUCAAUGCGGCCCCUAUUUAUUGUCUCCUGCACAACUUAUGCGCUGUAGUGAGGGAGUAGUGCAGCAUCAGCUGCUGUUGGAAAAGUGUGCUCAAGGCCAACUAUUCCCAGUGUUGGAUUCAGUAAAUCAGCUUGGGGAAUGUGCUUGGCGCAUUAACCAGCCUAUUCUGGACAUUAUUGUGUCAAUCUUUAAUGAUAAAGGUAAUGAGAAGCUGGACAUUCCACCACCUCUGUCUGAAGCUCCUGUGAGUUCAGUGCAGUUACCUGGGAUGCUGAGCUCAUGGGAAAAAUUUGUACAUCAAAAAGAGCUGGCACGGUGCAGAAAGAAAACCACUGAGAUGUAUAGCCUGCGAAUGGACGCACUUUAUAAGUUAUCUAUUGCCAAUCAUUUGCGAGACCAGAUAUUCUGGUUCCCACACAACAUGGAUUUCAGAGGCCGCACAUAUCCCUGUCCUCCAUAUUUUAAUCAUUUGGGCAGUGAUGUGACUCGGUCAUUGCUAGUGUUUGCUGAAGGCCACCCACUUGGGCCAAAUGGCCUAAAUUGGCUGAAGAUUCAUCUCAUCAACCUUACUGGCUUCAAAAAGAAAUUCUCACUUCAACAAAGGAAGGAGUAUGCUGAUGAAAUUAUCCAGGACAUUUUGGAUUCAGCUGAUCAUCCACUGACUGGAAGGAAAUGGUGGAUGAAAUCGGAUGAGCCCUGGCAGACCUUGGCAUGCUGCAUGGAAAUUGCAAAAGCUGUACGUUCCUCAGAUCCUGCUAAAUACAUAUCCCACUUUCCUGUGCAUCAGGAUGGUUCAUGUAAUGGACUCCAGCAUUAUGCUGCUCUUGGAAGGGAUAAAAUUGGGGCAAAAUCUGUAAACCUGAUGCCAUGCGAUACACCCCAAGAUGUUUACAGUGAGGUCGCUCAACAGGUGGAGGAAUUCCGCAAAAGGGAUGCCAAGAAAGAGAUUAAGAUCGCUCAGGUUCUAGAAGGUUUCAUUGGCCGUAAAGUGGUAAAACAGACAGUUAUGACCGUAGUCUAUGGUGUAACUAGAUAUGGCGGGCGUCUCCAGAUUGAAAAAAGACUUCGUGAGACGCACUCCUUUCCUCAGGAAUACGUCUGGCAAGCUUCUCAAUAUCUGGUCCAGCAAGUCUUCAGCAGUCUGAAAGAGAUGUUUUCUGGCACAAGAGAGAUUCAGAACUGGCUAACAGAAAGUGCCCGUAGGAUCUCAAAGUCUGGAGCCACUGUGCAGUGGGUGACACCCUUGGGAUUACCCAUAAUUCAGCCAUAUCAUCGGAAGAAGAGUGUUGCGUUCAAAAGUAAUUUGCAGAAGCUACAUGUGACAAACAGAAGUGAUGCCGAUGAGAAGCCCGAUACCAUGAAGCAGAAGAAUGCUUUCCCCCCAAACUUUAUUCAUUCUUUGGAUUCUGCACACAUGAUGCUCACUGCUUUGCAUUGCUAUGCACGUGGGCUUACCUUUGUGUCGGUUCAUGACUGUUUCUGGACCCAUGCGGAUACUGUGGACAUAAUGAACAAGGUUUGUCGGGAACAGUUUGUGUCUCUACACAGUCAGCCAAUUCUAGAGGACCUUUCGAAAUUCUUGAUACAGAAAUACUGCAGUAGUUCACAGUGCAUGUCCCCAGACAAUCUGAAGAUGAAGGCUCACUUCAGCUCUUUACCACUGACAGGUACAUUUGAGCUGCAGAAUGUAAAAGACUCUACAUAUUUCUUCAGUUAACCUCACUGCUGGAUAUACAGGUCUUGCCGUAUAAUGCACUGCAGUUCAUUCUCCACCAGUUCUGAUUGGAUGUUACUUGUUAUUUCAUAGCAAUGAAUUUAUGUCUAUCCUUCCUGUGGAAGCUGCAUAGGUAUUUAAUAGAUUUCCCUUUGAGAAGGAACCUCUUGCAUUUUUGUAGAGGUGCCAGUGUAUAAAUGAAACUUUUUUUUUUUUUUUUUAAACAAUAACACUUCAGGCCUCAUUUACACAGCUGUACAAAACUGCAGUUACAACCAUUUUUUAUUUACAGAUCUAAACGCAGCUCCAUUGUUUUCAAUGGAGACAUUCACAUGGGUGCGUAAAUGUGCACAUACAUAUUAAGAAAAAGAACAAAAAAAAAAAAAUCUAUUUACUGAUCAUUUUGUUACUUGCCUUAAUGAUCAGUUAAAUGUUUACAGCUGUGUUAUGUCCAAGUAAAUGAGGCCUCAGGGUCAGUUCACACUGCAGCAAUGCCAGACAUUGCAUGUGAUUCGCUAUGCAGAUCACAUGCGAUGUCUGUGCAAUGCAAAUUUCAGCCAUACAAACUGGCAACAUUUUUUUGCAUUCAGACCAAACUCAUGCAGGACCGUUUUUUUUUUUUUUUGUUCGCACCAGUAUCAGAUCACAUGGGUGUUUACACGCAUGCAAUCCGAUUCCUGUUCGCACUGCGAUCAGAUCUGGGGGGUGUCAUUAACUUUGUAUGACACCUGCAGCGGUUCGCAUAGGGCAGUGUGAUGCGGGAAUCCACAGUGGAUUAGCAGGGUUUCCCCCCUUCACACCAGUGUGAACCGAGCCUAAAUCAGUGCAAGGCAGGAAGCCUAAAUAAUGGGGGGGGGGGGGGUAUAUUGUUGUGCCCUACUGCUGUGUUUACAAUCAGAAAUGUAGAUUUCCAUUCACCAAUGGCUUUAAAGGCACAAAUUGGAUGAAUUUACUGCACUCACAUUUUAAGGAGUUUUGGAUUACACAACUAAGAGCAGCCUGUGGUAAUUAAAGGAUUCCUGACAAAAAAAAAAGUGUUUUUUAAAAGCUAAACUCCAGGAUUUUAAAUAUACUCCAGAAUAGUAAAAAUACCUGAAUGAUUCUUAGCCAAUAAGGUCUUUCUCUGCCUCUCAUAAACAGUGUUAAUUUAGUUGACUAAAAUACAACAAAUGGCAUUUUAGCCAAAAGAAUAAAACUAAAUUGAUAUUUGACUUCAAAAUGAACACUGGUCUGUAGUGCAUGUUCAUACCUCAAUACCAUA